AUGGAUUCUGCAAAGUUUAUUUUUGCCAAUAUUGUGGUGUCGAAUUUGAUCAGACAAGGAAUUUAUUACUUUGUACGUGAUGACAUAAUCGAUUCGUACGAGUCCUCCAUCAAGGUGGAGACCCACAUUUUAGAGCCUGUGAAACCAACACCACCACCUCAACCUUCUUGGUUUUUGCCCUAUAUUCUCGGUUUACAGAUGAGUGUUUUAUACCUUUUUGUUCAAACACUCAGGAAGCAUGAAUUACCUAGUGGAAGAAUCCGCAACAUUCUAAUCGCUCUAAUUGGCUCGGAUGUGUUGUUCAAUUUGAUGGAUGUACUACAAUUUGCACUGUACUCCAACUACGGCGUCGAUCUGGUUGGGUUUCUUUCAAGGAGGCAUUAUGGAACUGUAUCUUACCUAAUGGAUGUGCUGCAGCAUUUGAGUGUGGGUCUUCAUCUUUUCCUUUGUGCAGAUGUCUCCAAUAUGACACCUAAUGCAUUGAAUUCGGCAUCUGGCAUUAGUCUAGUCCUUAGCCUGGUUGCAAAUGCCUUUCUUGCCCCAACAACUUUCGAACAGCCAUGUGAGUCGCAUCAGUUGGAAAGAUUCGCUGCUUAUAGAACUCGUACUAUUGACAUAAACUACGCACAGCGAUUAAGCUCCCUUCAUCUUUUACCGUGCAUUGGCCUCACAUUAGUAUUUAUCCAUCAGCGAAAGCAAAGGAUCUCGCAGAUGGAGGCGCGUGAAAAGUUGCCUAAUGAGAAGGGCGAUGGAGAGGCGUGUGUUAUCGAUAUGCGAAAUUUCACCCUGCGCUCUAUGAUUUGUCAUUACGUUAUCAGCAUAUUUUGCUGUUUCAUCACAUUUGGAAUCAAAGCAAAACAUGAAAAGUUAACUGAAAUUAUCAACCAAUUUGAUACCCCUGAAAAUACUUUGAGGAAGUUUAGUUAUCUACAGCAGGCCACCAACACCGUUUGUCUUUUGGCUUGCCUAAAACUGGAAAGACACGACGUGGAUGCAUCAGUAGUGGAGGAACUCGAGUCUGAAUUCCAGCGGCCACCCUCCUAUCCUGUCGACGGAUUCGAAGAUGAAUUAGAUUGA